CAGUAUUCACUGCUUGACUCGGGUCUUCCAACUCCAAAUCCAGCUUCUAGAUCGACCCCAAAAUAUACUCGCUUGCAUGUAUAUAUAUAUAAAAAUAAAAUAAUACUUAUAGCUUUCUCUAUUCGAGCUGAGUUGCAGGCAAAUUGGCAGAUCUAGAUCCCAAACUCAGUUCCCUCAGAUCGUUCAUCGCAGGACCAGAGCUUGGGGACGAUGAUUGGGCGUGGUAGGAUGAUUGAAUGUCUUUACUACUUUGAUGAAAAGUUUUCUGGCUCAUUACUACAAUAGUAGCCAUGUCAAGAAGGCCCUCACGACGUCUUGGAGAUGGUGGCAGUAUUCCAUUUGUGAGCUCAUUGCAUCCCAAAGCUCAGACAUCACCUUUAUUAUCUAUUGGACUUGUGGUCGUGGGUGCAUUUCUCAUAAUUGGGUAUCUGUACAGUGGUUCAGGUCAAUCUAGAAAUGAUAUCGAGGCUUUAAGUAAACUUGAAGAUGGUGUUUCAUGCACAUUGGAAGCUCAGAAAGCAUUGCCGAUUCUGCAGAAAGCUUAUGGUGACAGCAUGCACAAAGUACUGCAUGUAGGACCUGAAACCUGUUCAAUGGUCUCUAAAUUACUGAAAGAAGAGGAUACCGAAGCCUGGGGUGUGGAACCAUAUGAUUUAGAUGAUGCUGAUGACAACUGCAAGAGUCUGGUGCGCAGAGGCAUUGUGCGGGUGGCUGAUAUCAAGUUUCCUCUUCCGUACCGGGCAAAAUCAUUUUCUCUUGUCAUAGUAUCAGAUGCAUUAGACUAUCUGUCACCAAAGUACCUCAACAAGACUCUGCCAGAGUUAGCAAGAGUAUCAGCUGAUGGUUUCGUUGUUUUUGCUGGUUAUCCUGGUCAGCAUAGAGCUAAAGGGGCAGAACUAUCCAAAUUUGGACGUCCAGCGAAGUUGCGAAGCUCAUCUUGGUGGAUAAGGUUCUUUGUUCAAACCAACUUAGAAGAAAAUGAAGCUGCUACUAAGAAGUUUGAACAGGCUGCAACCAAGAAAUCCUAUAAGCCAGCCUGCCAAGUCUUCCACCUCAAGUCAUUACCUUGAAAAUCACAGGUUAAUACGGGCCUCUUGGCCAACAAGAGUCCCAAAUACUCCCCUGUUCCUUCCUUAAUGAACCAUGAUACCCUUUCUUUUGGUGUCUAAAUUAUGUGACAAUAGAUAUCUGUUGAUUGAAAUUUAUUGAGGAAAGAUUGUGUAUUAUUAGCCCUUGCUAGGGUUUAUCUUUGUAGAUUCUUGCUCCCAAAUGCUGGAGCUUUUUAUACUGGCACUGUAGUAAACUCUUUUUUAGCACACAUUGAGCUAUGUUGAAUGCUAUAAACACUUCCCUUUUUGUC